GAUGAACUUGUUCCGGACUACUUUGCGUUCGCUACCCAAAAGGUCUGCAUACCAUAGAACUCUUUUCAGCCUACCAAGUUUCCCUUCCUCUGGAGAACAGACUUAUCAUGAACAAAAAUUAUUUCCAUACAGGAGGAGCGAACUAUACGCCAUAGUGUCGGACGUGUCUUCCUACCCCCAGUUCAUCCCGUACUGCACCGGUUCGCGUAUUUUGCACAAGGCUACUCGUGAUGGGACCACCACAAUGGAUGCAGAACUGACCGUUGGGUUCAUGGCCUUCCAGGAGAGCUACGUCAGCAAAGUAACUUGCACGCCCUUCUCAUCGGUGGAGGCUUUUGCGUCGUCCUCGACGCCUAUGUUCAAGUCGCUAAGGACCAUAUGGCGGUUCCAACCGGCAGGAGAAAAGGAACAAAAUACGCUGGUUUCUCUCGAUCUGGCAUUUGAUUUUGUGAAUCCGCUGUAUGCGUCUUUGUCUUCGGCGUUCUUUGACAAAGUGUCUGGAGGCAUGGUGACGGCGUUCGAAAAGAGGUGUGAGGAGGUGUGCAGCCGUGGCCGUGUAUAGCUCGAGGAUACCCUAUUGGUGACGAACUAAACCAACGUCGCUCGCGCUCCUUCUCACUGCCUCGUUGCCCAGGGAUUGCGCUUCAGCAUUAGAACAGCCUUCCUUGUUUCAUUGGAGCGGAAACUUCCUGUCAGUAGAGUACCAGGGGUUCGUACCAUGAUAAUAAUAUUAUUUCGAGA